AUGAAUCUCGCCCUCGUUGAUCCUUUCGUCCUUGCCCAAGACUAUCCAGAGUCUCUGAUAGGAAGUCUACGCAGUGGUCACACAUGCUGUGUACGUUUCAGUCGUAAGGGUGACUUUUUGGCAGCAGGACGAGUGGAUGGCACCGUCGUCAUAUUUGACGUUGAGACAAAUGGGGUGGCAAGGAAGCUCAAGGGCCAUGUGCGACAGGUCCAAUCAUUGAGCUGGUCACAGAACGGCAGGUACCUUCUUACCAGUAGUCAGGAUUGGAAGUGCAAUAUCUGGGACCUUCAAACCAUGGAUAUAAUCCGAAGCGUUAGGUUUGAGGCACCAGUCUACAUCGCAGACUUUCAUCCACAGAGUCACUUGACAUUUGUCGUCGCUCUCUUUGAAGAUCAACCAAUGCUCGUCGAUGCCACAGAUUCAGAGGUAAUUAAAAUGGCCCUUCCUUCUAUUCCGAAACAAACGAAAUAUAACGCCAACACAAAUCUUGGCCACAGGCGUGCUGCACAGAAUGCCAAACAAACUACUACGGUUGCAACCUUUACUUGCUCUGGUGAACAUAUAUUAACGGGUACGAAUAAAGGCUGGCUCAAUAUUAUCGAUACCAUCACUCGAACUAUCAUUUAUUCGACCAAAAUAUGCGCAGGGGUUGUCAUCUUCAUGAGACUCACAGGCUCAGGCCGUGAUCUAGUGGUUAAUUGUCAGGAUCGUAUUAUUCGAACAAUCCAGCUGCCUAGCCUUUCUGGACCCGAUCUUGACCCUGACACAAUUGAUAUUGAGAUAGAGCACAAGUUUCAGGAUGUUGUUAACAAGCUGUCAUGGAAUCAUGUAGCUUUUAGCGCAACGGGAGAAUACGUUACAGCAAGUGCGUACAACAAUCACGAUAUCUACAUUUGGGAACGGAAUCAUGGGUCUCUAGUUAAGAUUUUGGAGGGACCAAAGGAAGAGCAUGGCGUGGUUGAGUGGCACCCUAAUAAGCCUCUAAUAGUGGCAUGCGGUCUUGAAACUGGACGCAUUCAUACGUGGUCUAUUGUGCCUCAACAGAGAUGGUCAGCUCUAGCCCCGGAUUUUGUUGAAGUAGAAGAAAAUGUUGAGUAUACAGAAAGAGAAGAUGAAUUUGAUAUUCACCCACAGGAAGAAAUUCACAAGAGAAGAUUGGAUCUCGAAGAUGAGGAUGUUGAUGUCCUAACUAUGGGCCCCAUGAAGGGAGUUGCUCGCGACGAAAGUGCAUGGAGGAUGCCUGUGCAAUUAGACCUAAUUGAUAGCGAAGCUGAAGAAGAAUUUAUUGCUGUUGGAAGAGGUGAGAUGAGGAGAAAAGACGCUACUGAUAGCCGCGAUUAUGGACUCGAAUCUGAAGUAGGUGAUCUUGAAGAAGUGAGAAAGAAGCCAAGGAAUAAAAAGCGUUAA